GAGUGCACGGAGUGAGCAAGCAACCCACCAGUGCAGUGGCCAUCAUCUGUGUCAUCUCAUCAUCCAUGUAUAUAUCGAUAUCUCGUAUCGAUAAACUCUCUUUCAGUGUUAUGUCAUAUCUGACACUUGUCAUUAAUCAGCUGGCAUCCCACAUUUUUAAAUACCUUCAAAAACCAUUUUAUUUAAAUAAUUUAAUUUUGCAUUAAUAUUAAUUUAAUUAGUUCUGCACGUUCCUAAAACAAUGGCAGUGAAUACAGUUUUGCUCGAUUUCUCUAUCGAUCCAAGCCUAGCGAAAAACGAAGCCUCGAUAUCAAUAUUAGCAACGAAUAUCGAAAAUGUGCUGAAAGAUUUUCUUUCGGAGUUGAAACUGGUAAACGAUUUUAACUUUGAAGGAGGUUUGGUUAAAAUUUACACAGCGAAUAGUGGGUCUCUGUUGAGUUUGAGGAUCUUUAUCAACGGUUUAAUUACUUUGAACAUUGAUUAUUUUAAGGAGGAGAAAGCCGAACCUUUGAUGAACUUGGAUACUUGUCAUCAAAUAGAAAAAGUCCUCAAAAAGCGAGUAUCAGAAAUUAAAAGGGUGCAAAUCCUUCCCUCACUUAAACGUGGAGAUUUGAUCAGAUACAUGCCCACAUCUGAUGAAAGAUUAUUGGAAUAUGACAUAGAUAAGCUGGUGUUUGAGGAGAGCACUCCGUUUCAAAAAGUGCAAAUAUUACAUUCCAAAAGUAUGGGAAAUAUGCUAGUUUUGGAUGAUUUACAAAAUAUUGCUGAAUCCGAUUUAGUUUACACUGAAACUCUGAUGCAAAGAGGCAAAGAAAAUUAUGCGAACAAAGAAAUUGUGAUUUUAGGUGGAGGAGAUGGAGCUUUAUUGUACGAAUUACUCAAAGAAAAGCCCAAACAAGUGAUAAUGCUAGAAAUUGAUGAGGUUGUAAUGAAAGCUUGUGCUAAACAUAUGCGUUCCAUAUGUGGAGAUGUAUUGGAUCAAUAUGAAAGACCUAAUUAUAAAAUUAUUAUUGGUGAUUGUAUAAAAGCCCUUGAGCAAUACAUAAAAGAAGGCAAAAAGUUUGAUUAUGUUUUUGGUGAUUUGACUGACGUACCCAUUUCUGAAAACGAAUCUCAAGAAGUGUGGGCUUUUAUUAAUAACAUUAUUUCUCUGAGUUUUAAGAUAUUGAAGCCCAGUGGUAAAUUUAUGACACAUCUUACUGGAGGAUCUUCGCCUGAAGCAAUCGAAGCUUACUUGCAAUACCUCAAAAAAAUGAAUCCACCAGUUAAAUUUACUCAAGACAGAGCUUUUGUUCCCUCUUUCUUGGAGGAAUGGGUGUUUUGUCAAGUGAGUUUCGCGGAUCCAGCAGCAAUUCAAGAAUAACGCAAAAUUUUUAUUAGUCAGGAGUUUAGGUUUUUAGAUAGUAGUUUGUUGGAAGUAUCUAUUAUUAAUUCAAAGGUGGAUAGGAUGGUUAAUGAUGCUGGGAAAAGGUGACAUUUGGUUCAAGAUUUGUCUCGUUUAUAUUUUUUUGGGGUUGUUACAUUAUCACUUCAGUUUUUCUGUGGUUCAAUGAAUCAAAAUGUAUUACCAAGCUGAGCUCUUCAAGGCAUACCUCAUUAAAAUAUAGGUGCCACCAGAGAUCAUCGCAAUAACAACAUUAGUUUCUCAGCAGUGGGUUGUCUUGAAAUUUCAGUCCCAACACUUCUACUAGGUACAUGGCAGGAAUCAAAGUUUUAAAAUGUGUUUCUAUGUAGUGGCGCCUGAAUAAGUAAGGAAAAGGCCAAAAGGGCAUCAGUUGGAACUUUGAUUAAUAUUGAAUCAAAUGUUAAUAGAAACAUAAAAAGGAAAAGUACAAUCAAAGAUUGUCUAAUGCGGGUUAAUGACUUUUUCCUUUGAGGUGUCUGCUAUACUUCCAUAACUUCCAUAAUAUUAUCAAGAGUAGAUAUAUAAAUUAAGUAAUUCUGUUUAUUUUCAAGAGAAUGUUAUUUUUGUUUGAAAAGUCUCGAAUAAAGUGCCAUAUAAUUAAGUACAUAUUUGUUAUCAUAUUUUUAAGCCUUUAUUGUUUUAAGUAUUAUUAUUUACAGCAUUUUUUUCUUCUUAGUUCUAGUACAUAGUGAGAUUUUCGUCAUUUAUUUUGCAAGUAUUAAUUUUUAGUAUUGAGACCAAAAAUAUGGUGCUUUAAAAUAAUAUUAAAUUUUGUUCCUAUACUAAAAUAUCCAAGUUCCGUCAUAAUAAUAAGAUAUAAUAGUGUGUGUAGAUUUCAAUUUGUUUUGGUGAAUG